CACACCCAUUGUUCCCCCUCCCCCUCCAACUCCUCGAGCCAAGGUUUCCAGGCAACUGGCUGACGGCUCCGGCCAGAGCGGGAAGCCGCUCGAAGAACUCGGGAGAGGAGAAGCAGCGCAUGUGCGGAGGAGAGCCCGCCCCUUCCCUUCUUGCUAAGGAGCUGGCCAAUGGAAAGAGUUGGAGGACCGGAAGGACUCUUGUCCUCCAGCAAAUCAGAGUACGGGCUUUGUGUGAAUGAAGAUUGAGCUUCACACAGACUAAAACUUCCUCCUGUGUCCAACAUCUGAUAUUAGAGGGGGAGGAUUUGCAGACAGAAAUCUCAAACCAAAAAUCACAUCAAGCUCUCACAGUGUCAUUCAAUUCAUCAGGACCUGAACAUUAUUGGCCUUUGAAUGUGGAGAAACGUUUGUCUGUUCUGUCUGUGGGGAAAGAUUCUAAACAUUGGUGUGAUUGGAAAAGCACCGAGACACACACACCCAAGUGAGAGUGUUCCAGUGCACUGACUGUGGAAAGAGUUUUAACCAGUUACACAGCCUGAAAAAAAAAUCACACCAUUCACAGCGUGGAGAGACUGUACAUGUGUUCUGUGCAUGUAUGAGGCCUCAACUGAUCGUCAAACACAGAGAAGACAUAAGGACACCCACACCAUGGAGAAAGCAUGGAAAUGUGGGGACUGUGGGAAGGGAUUCCGGAACCUGUCUGUGCUAGAAAUUCUCAAACCAAAAUUCACGUUAGCAUCUGCCAGAGUCGCUUGAGUCAUCAGGACCUGAAUAUCAUCGGCCUUUCAAUCUAGAAGGAGAGAUGAUUGUCUGUUCUGUCUGCUUCAAAAUGUUUCAAACAUCAGUGUGAUUGGAAAAGCACUGAGACACAUACACCCGAGUGAGAGUGUUUCCAGUGCAUUGACUGUGGAAAGAGCUUUAACCAGUUACACAGACUGAGAAAGCAUCACACCGUUCACAAAGGGGAGACACCACACAUGUGUUCUGUGUCCUGGACAAGGCACCAAUUGAUCAACAGACGUGGAGAUACACAAGAGCACGCGCACCAUGGAGAAACUGUGGGAAUGUGGGGAUGGUGGGAAGGGAUUCCAAACCACAUCUGUGCUGGAAAAUCAUCAACACAUUCACAGCAAGGAGAGGCCAUACACCUGCCCUGUGUGUGGGAAGGGAUUCACUCAUUCCUCACACCUAGUGGCACACCAGGUCGCUCACACCAGGGAGAGGCCGCUCAUCUGCUCUGUGUGUGGGAAGGGAUUCACUCAUUCGUCCCACCUAAUGGCACACCAGGUAGUUCACACCAGGGAGAAGCCAUUCAACUGCUCUGAGUGUGGGAAAGAAUUCACUCAGUCAUCCCAUCUACUGGUACACCAGGUAGUUCACACUGGGGAGAGGCUGUUCACCUGCUCUGUGUGUGGGAAGGGAUUCACUCAGUCAUCCCACUUAGUGACACACCAAGUCGCUCACACCAGGGAGAGGCCAUUCACCUGCUCUGUGUGUGGGAAGGGAUUCACUCAGUCAUCCCACCUAGUGGCACACCAGGUAGUUCACACCCAGGAGAGGUCGUUCACCUGCACUGAAUGUGGGAAGGGAUUCACUCAGUCAUCCCACCUAGUGGCACACCAGGUCGCUCACUCUGAGGAGAAGCGGUUCACCUGCUCUGUUUGUGGGAAGGGAUUCACUCAGUCAUCCCACCUAGUGGCACACGAGGUAGUUCACACCAGGGAGAAGCCAUUCAUCUGCUCUGAGUGUGGGAAGGGAUUCACUCAGUCAUCCCACCUAGUGGCACACCAGAUAGUUCACACCCGGGAGAAGCCAUUCACAUGUUCCGAGUGUGGGAAGGGAUUCACUCAUUCAUCCCACCUAGUGGCACACCAGGUAGUUCACACCAGAGAGAGGCCGUUCACCUGCUCUGAGUGUGGGAAGGGAUUCACUCAGUCUGCGCACCUAGUGGCACACCAGAAAGUUCACACCAAGGAGAGGCCAUUCACCUGCUCUGUGUGUGGGAAGGGAUUCACUCAGUCUGCACACCUAGUGGCACACCAGGUAUCUCACACCAGGGAGAAGCCAUUCACCUGCUCUGUGUGUGGCAAGGGAUUCACUCAGUCAUCCCACCUCGUGGCACACCAGGUAUCUCACACCAAGGAGAGGCCAUUCACCUGCUCUGUGUGUGGGAAAGGAUUCACUCAGUCUGCGCACCUAGUGACACACCAGGUAGUUCACUCCGGGGAGAGGCCAUUCACCUGCUCUGAGUGUGGGAAGGGAUUCACGCAGUCAUCCCACCUAGUGGCACACCAGGUAGUUCACACCAGGGAGAGGCCGCUCACCUGCACCGAGUGCGGGAAGGGAUUCACUCAGUCUGCGCACCUAGUGGCACACCAGGUAGUUCACGCCAAGGAGAGGCCGUUCACCUGUUCUGAGUGUGGAAAGGGAUUCAGUCAGUCAUCCCAUCUAGUGGCACACCAGCUUGUUCACACUGGAGAGAGGCCGUUCACCUGCUCUGUGUGUGGGAAGGGAUUCGCUCAGUUAUCCCACCUGCUGACACACCAACAAGUUCACAUUGGAAAAGACCAUUCACCCGCUCUCGAUGUGGGAAGGAUUCGCUCGGUCAUCCCAUCUGCAGACACACCAGCAAGUUCACACUGGAGAGAGGCCCUUCAUUUGCUCCAUGUGUGGGAAGAGAUUCGCUCUUUCAUCCUACCUGCUGACACAUCAACAGGGUCACACCGGGGCGAGGAAGUUUGCCUGCUCUGAGUGUAGGAAGGGAUUCACUCGGUUAACCAGCCUGCUUGGACUGUGGGAGUUAAUUGUGUCAAUUGGGGUAAAAUAUAUACAGUUGCAGGACAUUUAUUGGAUGGUUCCUUGAGCACAUAUAAAGAGACACAACUGAUACAUAGUCGGGUGCAUUCAGGAGGUAUAUAUAUACCUGUAAUGUUUCACACUGUGAAUAAAUUUAUAC